AUGUGCUGGCUGCCACCAAGCAGCAAGCCGCGACAGCCCCAAGCCUCCGUCGUGCACCACCAGCAACAGACCCUCAAGCGGUGGGCCAGCGUGGUCAUCGCGCCUCGACGCGGCGUCAAGCGCCAACGGGUUGCAGCCGUGGACUCCAGCUACCAAUCAACCAGCUGGGGGAACGAGCGAUCCGCUGGCGCCUCCGUGGGCUCGCCAAGGUCGCUGCAGUUCGCGCUGCCUGGCCUGACGAGCCGCGACACCCUCCGAGUGCUGCACGCAAUGCACGCCGUGCCCAGCGAGCUGCGCCACCUCAACGGUAGCGCCAGCCGCAGCCACCUGCGACGCCGCAGUAGGGUGCGGCAGGUAUUUGGCUGGCGCCAUCUGCUGUGCCAGGAGGAGGAGGACGAAAAUGCAUCCAGCCGUAUCGUGUGGAAGAGCGCCAAGGCGCUCGAGAGCAUGAGGAUGCGGCCGCUGGCUCGCCAGAUCUGGCGAGCGAGCACCGAAGCCACCGGCGAUCUCGACAGCGGAGAAGUGCUGUACACAGUCAACAGCAUCGCGCGGGUGGUUCACUCCACGAAGCCGAUGUACGGCUCGCGUCGUCGCGCCCGCGACCAGGUCUGGCUGGAGUGCUACCUCGACGACGGGCUGCAGGUGUGCGUGGCGCGCAAGGAGCUGCGCCAGUUCAGCGAGUACUGCGCGCCGGAGACGUCGGCCACCGAGUGCCAGGGCUUCCUGGUGCGCCCCGUGUACACGAGGGCGAUCAAGUCGCAGCUAGCAGGCUGCUCGGUGCAGUGCCUCCGGGCGGUCGACGCGCGCGAUUGCGGGGCGCGAUCCGCCCCAGCUCUCAAGCAGCAGCUGAUCGACGACCUCCCGCGACUCACCUUGCAGUGGGAAGAAGACUACCUCUACGACCUGGUGCAGGCGCCGCAAGUUCUCCUGGACAGCAUCUUCGCCUGA